AUGAUUCGGAGUCGGCUCUCUUCGAAACUGAAGGUUCGGAAUCAUCAUCGGGUCACAAUAAGUCGUCAUGCACACACCAAGCCCAUCACCUUGUUGAGACCACUCUUUGCUUCCACAACUCGAAAAACUGGUAUCCGAUGGAAGAAUCAACACGCCCAACGGUUGUCCAGCCUCAAAAAGACGGAUAAAGAACCGAAGAACGAUGAAUCGAACCUUUCAGCAUUCGGGGCACUAGCUGGCUUCUUGUUGUUCAUUGCAGCAGCAGUGUAUCUAAGAAGCGAAUUCGAGGAUUGGGAUGAAGAAGAAGAAGUAGACGACACACCGAUCUACCUGUCUCGAAAGAAAGAAAUCCCAAGAUCCAACUGGAAGGAAACCUUUGAAAAGAUUGGAUUUCCGUUCGGCGAUUAUCCUGGAGUCCCCUCCGGGUCAUUCUUCGGCGAAAGUGAACACUACUGGAACGAGAAAGCAUCCUAUCAUGUCCAUCCAUUUGGUCGGUGGAUGCUCGAAUCGGCUGCGUUUCAGAUUCACUCCAUGUGUCUGGAGGCAGCCAAUGAAGUCAUUGGGUCGGAUGACUUGUUGGAAAAGUUUGAAAUUCCCCGGGAUCUGUGGGAAGCCAUUCGAGUAUCUUGGAAUGCUCGUCAGACUGAUAUUGGAGGCCGAAUGGACUUGCUAUGGGAUGGUACCACUCCACCGAAACUUGCCGAGUACAAUGCUGAUACCCCAACAGUCUUGAUUGAAUCUGCCAUUGCUCAAGAGAAUUGGUUUCAAGAAGUCUAUGGUUCUCCUGGCGAAGGAAAGCUCAACGACAAGAACGAUUUUACUCAGUUCAAUGUCAUCAAGUUUGCCAUGGAAGAAGCCUUUGAACGUAUCAAACGUAAGAAUCCAGGUGCUAGCAUCAUAUUCACAACAAAUGCAAAGUCGCCCGAAAGUGAAUUCUUGGAAGAACGAUCUACUUCUGUUUUCAUGCAAAACUGUGCCAAGCUAGCAGGAUUACCAACCGAAUUCGUUGACAUCGAAGACCUUGACGAACCCGUUCUGUUUGAAAAUCUGCUGAAGGCGUCAAGUAACGAGAAAAAGGGAAAUUUCAACACGGAUGUAUCGACAACAACCGCAUCACUGUUCAUUUGGAAGCUGUACCCCUACGAAUGGCUCGUUCAAGAAAAAUUGGGCUUGGCGCUGACAAACCAUGCCUUUUUGCAUGGAAACUUGAAGUGGCUGGAACCCCCAUGGAAAUUGGUGUUAUCAAGCAAAGCAAUGUUGGCAUAUUUGUGGGAGAAACAUAAAGGCCAUCCAAAUUUGCUCCCAACCUACUGGAACUUGAAUCAGGUCCAGAAGGUGCGCCAGACCAACACAAAGGAUGGAUGGGUUGCGAAGCCAAGAUUCGGCCGAGAGGGGAUUGGUAUCAUGUACUCGGACGACUACAACUCAUGGGGGGAGUUUGCCACAAUGAUCACGAAUACAUCGCAGUCGAUUGAUGUUUCUUGUGCUGUCAAAUUUGACCCAACCUUUUCCGACUGGAAUUCGAAUUCGUCCAAAACAUUAAUCUCAUACCUCGAAGACAACAAUGGUGGUAGUGGUGGUCCAUCUUUGAAGAGUUUGCUCAAGUAUGUGAAACCAUACAUUGGGUCAUUCGACAAAGAUUCCGUGGAAACCUUGCGCGAACGAGAUUGGGGGAGUGUGCAUAGCAAGGAGGAAUCACCAACCUUUGGUUACUUUUUGGGCAAACCAAUCUUUCAAAAGUAUCAUCGGCCUGCCCGUCUCGAUGGAAGGACCGCCGUGACGAGUGCAUGGAUCGUGAAUGGUUUGCCGGUUGGAAUCUGUUUCCGCGAGGACAAGGCCAUUACUACCAAUGACGAUUCAUGUUUUGUUCCUCAUGUUGUCACAAAAGGUGCCGCGGCUGUGAAACCUGGUGACAAGUUCAAUUUUGUCUACCCAAUCACUCCCAUUCAGAAACAACUGAGAGAGGAGCUGUACGGUAUAAACGCCGUUGGUUCUGGCUCCAAUGCCAAAAUGACCUAUGAGGAAUACCUAGGAGUGAUGGGGAAUCAACCUGUUGGAGUGUCGGAGUCUGGAGGCGGAGGAGAUGUGCGAAGUGGAUACUUCUAUGGUGUCGGCAAUCGUCGAUAUGGGGGAUCCAGCAGCAGUAUCCGAUGGUGGAGCUGGGCACGAGGAGAUGAGAACGGGAGCAAGAAGCCAAACGAAAAGUCCUCUGCUUCCGCCGGCUCCAAAGGCACUCAAGCAGCGUCCAAGGCAUCAACCAGUCGUCUGGAGCAACUGCCAGAGGAGCAUCUUCCAGGGGGCGCAGCGGAAGAAGUUGAUGAGCGAGUCAGUUGA